CGCCUGGAGACUGGACAAAGCAUCCAGAGAUGUGUGGGUAGGGAGGGGUUUGGCUACAGAAAGCUCCUCCAACACCAGCCCCGAGUGGAUUUCCCAGGAAAAAGCUGCUUAAUCUCAGAUGAAGUCGAGGCGGGGGUGAAAGGAAGAAACAAAGAAUAAACGCGCUCUCACUCCCUGAGGUAUUUCGACACCGCCCUGUCUCGGCCCGGGCUCGGGGAGCCGCGGUUCAUCUCCGUGGGCUACGUGGACGAUCAGCAGUUCGUGCGCUUCGACAGCGACAGCGCGAGUCAGAGGGAGGAGCCGCGCGCGCCGUGGAUGGAGAAGGCCGUGUACGGCUGCGAAGUCUUCCCGGACCUUACCUUCAAGCGCGGGUUUUAUCACGAUGCCUAUGACGGGCGCGACUACAUCUCCCUGGACACGGAGACCUACACGUGGGUGGCGGCGACUCGUGAGGCCGAGAACACCAAGCACAAAUGGGAGGCGGAGAGAAGCAUCGCAGAGGGAUGGAAAACCUACCUGGAGGAGCAGUGCGUGCUGUGCCUGAAGAAGUACCUGAAGAUGGGGAAGGAGACUCUGCUGAGGCCAGACCCACCUUCUGCCAGAGUGACCCGGCACACUGCCCAUGAUGGGGAGGUGACCCUUAGGUGCUGGGCCCAGGACUUUUACCCUGCGGACAUCUCCCUGACUUGGAUCAGGGAUGGGCAGGAACAGCUGCUAGACAUGGAGUCCAUUGAGACCAGGCCUGCAGGAGAUGGCACCUUCCAGAAGUGGGCAGCUGUGAGGAUGCCCUCAGGCCAGAAAGGGAGAUACACCUGCCGAGUUCAGCAUGAGGGGCUGCCUGAGCCCCUCACCCUGAAAUGGGAGCCAGAGUCCUCAUCCAUCUGGGUCAUUGUGGGGGGCACUGCUGUUCUCCUCCUCCUCAUUGCAGUCAUUGCUGGAGUUGUGAUCUGGAGGCACAAGAAGUCAGGCAGUGACAGUGCGCAGGGGUCAGAUAUCUCUCUCACAGCCAAAGGUGAGACUGUGGAGGUCCUGGAACUGGAGAGGGGCUGGUGUAAAGGGGACCAAGCAGAGAGGGUAUGGGAGUGCUUGGGGGUAAGGAUUGGAUUGGGGGUGAGGCAGGCUCUUCAGAAUGAUGAGAGGCUUGAGGCCAGAGGGGACUUUGAGGAUCCCCCUCAAUCUGUUUUUCUUCAGUUUGAGAGAAUUGCCCUGUGUGGACCUGAGAAAGAAAACAAAGAUAUUCAAAUCUCCAAUUAUUGUCCUGUUCCUGCUGACCUCUGGCUUCUCUCCCCAUCCCUGGGCCCCAUUGUCAUCUCUGUACUAUACUAGCCAAACCCUGGGGAGGCAUCAUUCGUGCCCUCAGCCUGUUAUCUAAGGCCUCCCACCCCUGCCUUCUUUCUUUCUGCCUGUCUCAUUUUGUAGGGAGACAACCAGCAGUCAGCGCCAGAGGGGUUUGGGAAUGAGCCUGCCUUCCCAUUUGAGGUUGCACUGAAUUCUGUGAUCUUUUUGCUACUGCAAAAAAAAAAAAAGGAUAAUGAAUUAUUUUUCUUAUUUUUUAAC